CUCGUAUAUUUAAGGAAGGGACUUUUUUCCCUUAUUUAUGCCUCCCCGUUUUUGGCUUCGUGAGCAACUCUGCUUGAAAACGAGUUGCCAAAUAGCAUUUGCCGCUGUGUCAGGUUGUCCCAUGUGGGCGCCUGAUCCAUCCCGGAGUUUAGCGAUGGUUUAUGGACACACACACACACCACUGCGCAAAUUAGUGCCCGUGUUAGGGUCCCAGAAUGGUAAUCUACAGGAUUAGUUUUUUUGAAGAGGAAGUGAAGGAUACAUGUGCAGUCAGUUGUAAAUUUAUUAGUGGCGAAGUUAAUUUUUACUGCUCCUUUCCCGACUGGUUUCACCACCCAAAAGCCCUCUAUGAUGUCACUUAUACGUUUGGGAUUAUUCACUAUCACCAAACUUGGUCAUUUUCUUCCUUUCUUUUCCUUCUUACUAUCCUAAAAACUCCGCCCUUCUCUUUUCCCCUUGAAGAUCAUUUCAUGAAAUAAAAACUCCAGUUUGUGACUUUGGAUUCAGAAGAUCAUCAGCUAGAUCGCUAUUUAGAUAUUUAGGUGAAAUUAGAAGAGUCCCUUGAAUUACUGACUCAGUGACAAUUCAUCUAAUAAAGUCCUAAGUGCUGCAAUUUCUUUAUUGGAGGAAUGUCUUCAGAGUCACAGAAGGAUGAAGAGAGGCUGGCUCAAGCUGCCAAAACAUUCUUUUUUUCUGUGCAAGAUCUUACUUCCUUCACAAACACCUUUACUGAAUUGUUUAACAGCUCUAUGAGUACUAAUAUCCUCUUGAUCACUGCGAGAGACGAUAGUAAUGUUAAGGAUUUCUUUGAACAAAUGCUCAAAGUUGUUAAGGAGAUGAAAUCUGUAGUGGAUGCAAAGCAUGCAAAAUUGCAAAAGGAGCCUUUAUAUUCCAAGAUCGCAACUACUGUGUUCUCCAUGGUUGAGAAGGGUACUGAUUUAAAGACAUUGCACCAGUCAGCCAAAGAGGUGUUCAAAAAUAACCAGGAGCCAGUCAUCAUCUCUGUGCUGAAUGGUAGUCACAUCCUUGGGAGUUUGGAAACUUCUCUUUCACUCUUGAUGAAAUGCCCCAUCAUGAAUCUUCAACUCAGUGACUUCUAUAAGAAAGACACCAAAGAGCAAUCAGAUGCCACCACAUCUGAGGAAAGCACGAAUCCAGGCCCUUCUAAAAACACCAUAAAAGACACCUUGAAAAAGUUGGAGGAUGCACUAAAAACUGAGAAUGCGAAGAAUCCCAUUGAGUCUGCUGCAGAUCAGUUGGAGCAAAUUGUCAAGACUAUGGGACCAGGCUUAGAGGUCCUCCAAAAAGUCACACAGACUAUGGAGACCAAUAAUUCCAUGUCUAAGAAAGAUAGUGACAAGUAGGAGUGCAACAGAAUAAGUACUCACUUCUGUUGGAAAAUUAGUUUAAAUCCUAGGAUUUCUUCAGAGUACUUUCUAAGAACCUUUGAUGCUAGCUUUGUGGGUCUGUUGGAACGUAAGUGCAGGG